AUGCUGGCUAUUAGUGCGGCGCUCAUGGGAGCAGAUGAAAUCCUGGCUGUGGACAUUGACCCAAAUGCAAUUGAACAGGCCCAAGAAAAUAGAGAUGACUUUGAAGACAGUCUACCGAUAGAUUUCAUUCAACAUGACAUCUGCUCUGCACCUGAUUGCUGCCCAGUCACUUGGGCAGACGUCGUUGUCACGAACCCGCCCUUUGGAACGCGCAGGAAAGGAGCAGACGUGGCUUUUCUGCAAACAGCUUUUUCAAUUGCAGAGACUGCAGUGUACUCGCUGCACAAACGGUCAACAAGACAGCAUCUGGAAAAGGUUGCACACAGGGAUCCAAGGGUUUCAAGCAGCAACGUCAUUGCUGAACUGCGCUACAACCUCCCUGCUCUGUACAAAUUCCACAGGCAUCGAAGGACAUAG